GACUCUGCGGUCAUGGCCGGCACUCUGCCCCAGCACGGCUCUCCGAACUCCGGCUACAGCGCCAACAACGCCGCGGCUGUGCCGGCUGUCACCCAGACGGACUCCAGGGACAAAUGGAGCAAGAAGAUGGACUUUCUCCUGUCUGUCAUCGGGUUUGCGGUGGAUUUGGGCAACGUUUGGAGAUUUCCUUACAUUUGCUAUCAAAACGGUGGCGGUGCUUUCCUCAUCCCCUACAUUUUGAUGGCGAUCUUUGGUGGCGUGCCGCUGUUUUACAUGGAGCUGGCUCUCGGGCAGUUCCACCGAACUGGAGCCAUAUCCAUAUGGAAACACAUCUGUCCCAUUUUCAAAGGAAUAGGAUAUGCCAUCUGUGUCAUUGCUCUGUACGUGUCCUUCUACUACAACACCAUCAUCGCCUGGGCCCUGUUCUACUUCUACUCCUCCUUCUCCAGCAUCCUCCCCUGGACAAACUGUGAUAACGUCUGGAACACCCCCGACUGCACCAACUACUUUGGAAUGGAUAAUGUGACUUGGACAAAUUCCUCCAGGUCUCCGGCAGAGGAAUUUUACAUGAGGAACGUUCUUGAAAUCCACAAGUCGUCAGGACUGAGAGAUGUCGGGGGUGUUCGCUGGCAGCUGAUGCUCUGCCUCUUUCUUAUCUUCACUAUAGUUUACUUCAGCCUCUGGAAGGGCGUGCGAACCUCAGGGAAGGUCGUGUGGGUCACCGCCACCCUGCCUUACAUUGUGCUUUUCAUCCUGCUGAUUCGAGGUGCAACUCUGCCAGGAGCCUGGAGAGGUGUGGUGUUUUAUCUGAAACCACAGUGGGACAAGCUGCUGGAGACCAGCGUGUGGGUGGACGCUGCUGCUCAGAUCUUCUUCUCUCUGGGUCCUGGGUUCGGCGUUCUUUUGGCUCUUUCCAGCUACAACCCUUUUACAAAUAACUGCUAUCGUGAUGCCAUUGUGACCAGUUUGGUGAACUGCCUGACCAGCUUUGUGUCAGGCUUUGUAAUCUUCACGGUGUUGGGCUACAUGGCAGAGAUGAGGAAGGUCGAGGUCGAGGAUGUGGCCAAAGAUAAAGGGCCAAGUCUACUUUUCAUCACAUACCCAGAAGCAAUUGCAAACAUGAUGGGCUCCACCUUUUUUGCUAUAAUUUUUUUUGUGAUGAUGAUCACACUGGGACUCGACAGCACGUUUGGAGGGCUAGAGGCAAUCAUCACCGCUGUGCUGGAUGAAUACCCAGAUUAUUUCUCUCACAGACGUGAGCUUUUUGUUCUGGGCUUGGUGGUCGUCUGUUUCCUGGGUUCUUUAAGCACGCUCACAAAUGGUGGCGCCUAUGUGGUGAAGCUACUGGAGGAGUUUGGAGUAGGAUCCUCCAUCAUUGCUGUGGGUUUCCUUGAAGCUAUUGCAGUUUCCUGGUUCUAUGGGAUUAAAAGAUUUAGUAACGAUGUUCAGGCGAUGCUCGGCCAAGCUCCAGGAUUGUUCUGGAGGGUGUGCUGGGUUGCUAUAAGUCCUGCGUUUCUGGCGUACAUCAUAGUGAGCUCUCUGUUGAAAGCGCCUCCCCUCACGCUGUUCGACUACAAGUAUCCAGACUGGAGCAUCACAGUCGGUUACAUCAUCGGCUUCUCCUCCUUUAUGUGGAUCCCCAUAUACAUGGUCUACAAACUGGUGUGGACCCCUGGUUCUCUCAAACAGAGGCUGGCUGUGUGUCUGAGGCCAGAGAGGACCAUCCCAGACAUCCACACUGACAGUCUCAACAUGGCCGCCGUAUCACAGAAAGACAUGAACACCCCUGUGUGCUUGUGAACUCCUCGUUAAUUAAACCACAGUUUCAAGUAAUUUGUGAUUGAACCCCAACGUGACCUGUCAUCAUGACUGUUCUCCUGGUGGUGAUGUUGAACACGUCAGAUGGCUUUUCCACAGCAGACCGGUGAAAAGUUGAGUGCUGCUACAUUUGAGGAUCUAAGAUAGAUAGCAAUAGCUAUAUAUCUUUACUUUGUGUAAGUCAGACCUGCAUCACCUGCACAGUCCACGGCUCUGUAAUAUGGCUAUUUUCUCAUGUGAUACUAGUUUCUCGUAUGCUCUGUGGUCUGUUUUAAUAUUAACGCAGUUGCCUCUCAACAAGAAUGAUUAGACAAUAUUGAAAGGUUAUCUUGUUUCAGAAAUAAAAAGUGAGUUCAAAAACAGAUUUAUUACACGUAGAGUGAGAUAUUUUAAGUGUUUGUUUCUCUUUUAUUUGAGGAUGAUGGCUUAGAAAUAAUGAAAACACAAAAUUGAGUUUCUCAGGAAAUUUUAAUAUAACAUAGGACCACAAAAUUAUUUUACUUAAUAAAUUCUGGCUUAGCAAAAAGCAUGCCCAUACAUUGUACUAAAUAUGCUCUCAAUACUUAUUUUGCAUAAAUGAUUACAUCAAAGCAGAGAGGCACGGAGGAGGUCAGAAUGAACACCCAGCUGCAAAUUGAAGCAUGAAGUUCUCUAAAAUGUCCUGGUAAACGGCUGUGCUACCUAUAGGCGUCAGUGCACCAACACCUCCAGAUGACAUUUCUCCAAAACAUCACUGGCUGUGGAAACUUCCCACCGAAUUUCAAGCCACUUAGGUUCUGUGCCUAUCUACUCUUUCAGACUCUGAGAGAUUGAUUUCCAAAUAAAAAUGUCUAAAAUGUCUCUGAUCAAUAGACCUCCAGAGUCUAUGUCCUGGAUAUGUCUGUGUGUGGUGGCUCUUGAAGCUUUGUCUAGUGCAACUCUCACUACUGCAGUUUUUUUCUUUCACUCAACUUUCCAUUGAUAUGUACGGGACUUUAUUAUCAGCCAGCUUCUUUAUAAAUCCCUUUUUGUGGCAUUUAUACCUUGUAGAAAGAGUGAAGUACUGUUUGCUGAUCACUUGCCAAGUUAGCCAUCUUUGCCACUGCUGUGUGUGUCACAACAUAAUAUUUCUGUGUUAACACUCAUACUGUAAUUAAACUUGUGUGGCAUUUUAAUUUUAUGAGAAGCAGAUGUUUGGAUUUUUUUAGCUAUAAGCCAUGAUAAUUAAAACUAGAAUCCAAUGGUUAAAAACAUACGACUCUGUAUGUAACAAAUAUGCACUAUAUUACUGAAACUCUUUAAUUAUCCAGAUGAAAUUUAAUUUCUUGUCAUGCACCCAUAUUAGAGUUUGCCAAGGAGAAUAACAUUUAGAUUGUGUAACUGUGAUAUUAAUUUAUGUAAUUAGGAAGCACUUCCUCCACUAUUUACUUGUUUGGCAGCAUUACUUUCCAACAAGGGGCAUCAGAUUUGAUCACAUCUGGGGCCAAAUAUUGCAUUUACUUUUAGGUUCAAUGUAACAAAGCCCAAAACAGGUUAACAGGUAUUUACAGUUUUCACCACAUCAUUGUAUUUCAUGAUCUGGCUCUGAAGUAUUAGGAUCUAAGGACUGCUGAUGAAUUUAUCCUAAAAAAAAAAAGUGUGUUUCCCCGUUAAAUCCCACAAAAUGUAAUUGAACAACACAUAAAGCAAAAAAAAAAAUCAAAUCAUACCAUUGUCUCAUUUUAAAAGCAGGACUCUUCUCUGGUGAUAACAUGUGUGAAAAUGUUCCUAAUUCAUUUCUAAUCUAAUUUUUCAGUUGAUAUUCAUUAAAGAAAAAGUUUCUUGAUAAUGUCCUUUGACUCUCGUUGGACUGUUUUGCCUUAAGUUGGACAUGGUGUGCAAAAAUUGUAAAGGUGGUAACAAUAUUGUGCCUCUCCAUAAGAAGUUUUUACUCUAAAGACUGUUCAGAUGUUUAUCAGAGCAUAUAUUAUGUUUUAGUAACAAGGGUUAUUUUAAAUGCUUUAUUUAGAGACUUAUGUGACGAUUGUUGUGUCCUCCCUGACAUGGUUUCUGCAAAAUGUGUAUGAAGUGAU